AUGAAAAGUGGUGGUGCAGUAACAGUUUUGACAAAGUGGAGGCAUUUGGGUUUUGAAAAUGUAGAAUUUGGUAGGAAUGAAAUGGUGAAUGUAGUACCAGCACCAUGCAACUUGUUUGCCAAUGUGGAUAUGAGCAUGCUUACAUCUUCUAAUCAAAUUGAUGAUGAGAAUGAUCCAUCAAUGAAAGGAGGAGUUAAUCUUUUCACAUCACUCACGGUUGAUGCCAUGACUAGGUUAAAAGAGGAAAUUGAAUCUUUAAUGUUUCUUAGUUGA